GGCUCCUGUGGCCGCGCUGGCUGCCCGCGCGCCCGACACGCCGGCGUCCACCCACGCCCCCGAGGGGGUGGAGCCGCGGCCAGAGGCGGGUCCGCAGCUGGCGGCGCCCGGCCCGGGGGCGGGGGCUGUGGCAGCAGCUGCAACGGCGGCGGCGGCAACAGCGCCAGGAGGUGCUGCAGCAGAGGCGGUGGUUGCUCCUGGAAGCGUCAGCGCCGCGCAGCCGGAGCCGCAGCCCGGAGGCGCCGGGUGGUGCGCUGGGUGUUGUUGCUGCUGCUGCCGGCCCGCCGCCUCCCGGACCUCCGCUGCCCCCGGGGCCCCGGUUGCCGCCUGCUCCCCUAUCGAUCCCACCCGCGUGUGCGCCCCAGCCAGGACGCCGCCCCCGGCCGGGUCUUCACUUCUCAGCCGCGCCUCCUAUGACAGCGCCCGCUCGAAGAUGGCUGCGAAGGGCGCGCACAGCUCCCACCUGAAAGUGGAGGGCGAGCUGGAGCGCUGCCGCGCCGAGGGCCACUGGGACCGCAUGCUCGAACUGGCCCGGCAGCUGCAGACGCUGGGCGUGUCUGGCGGCGGAAGCCGGCGAUCCAGCCCCAGUUCCAGGUUCAACUUUUUAGACGCCGAUGAUUUUGGGAAAUUGCUGCUAGCUGAAGCCCUCCUGGAACAGUGUCUGAAGGAGAACCAUGCCACAAUAAAAGACUCCAUCCCUUUGUCAGAGAAGAAUGACCAGAGAAUGAGUGAAGUCAAAAAUUAUCUGAGCAGUAUCCUGAACCACGGGAAGUUGCCGCCGCAGUACAUGUGUGAGGCCAUGCUAAUCCUGGGAAAACUGCAUUAUGUGGAAGGCUCAUACCGAGACGCCAUCAGCAUGUACGCCCGCGCCGGCAUCGACGGCAUGUCCAUGGAGCACAAGCCCCUGUAUCAGAUGCGGCUGCUAGCGGAGGCUUUUGUCAUCAAAGGCCUCUCCCUAGAACGCCUACCCAACUCCAUUGCUUCGCACUACCGCCUGACCGAGAGGGAGGAGGAGGUGAUCGCCUGCUUUGAGAGGGCCUCUUGGAUCGCCCAGGUGUUUCUGCAGGAGCUGGAAAAGACCAUGAAUAACAGCACAUCCCGGCAUCUAAAAGGCUCUCACCUGGUCGAGUAUGAGCUCACCUACUUCCUAGAAGCUGCCCUCCAGAGUGCCUAUGUGAAGAACCUGAAGAAGGGGAACAUCGUGAAGGGCAUGAGAGAGCUCCGGGAGGUGCUGCGCACUGUGGAGACCAAAGCCACGCAGAAUUUCAAAGUGGUGGCGGCCAAGCACCUGGCGGGGGUCCUGCUGCACUCCCUGAGUGAGGAGUGCUACUGGAGCCCCCUGUCACACCCCCUGCCCGAGUUCAUGAGCAAGGAGGAGAAUGCCUUCAUCAUGCAGGCCCUGCGGAGACCGCACCUCUACGAAGGAGACAACCUCUACUGUCCAAAGGAUAACAUCGAGGAAGCGCUCCUGCUCCUUCUCAUCAGCGAGUCCAUGGCAACCCGGGACGUGGUGCUGAGCCGGGCGCCUGAGCAGGAGGAGGACCGCACAGCGAGCCUGCGCAAUGCUGCAGCCAUCUACGACCUCCUGAGCAUCACGCUGGGCAGGAGGGGCCAGUACGCCAUGCUGUCAGAGUGCUUGGAGCGAGCCAUGAAGUUUGCGUUUGGAGAAUUCCACCUUUGGUACCAAGUGGCCCUCUCCAUGGUGGCUUGUGGGAAGUCUGCCCACGCCGUCUCGCUGCUGCGGGAGUGCAUGAAGCUGCGGCCCUCGGACCCCACUGUGCCUCUGAUGGCUGCUAAGGUCUGCAUCGGGUCCCUGCAUUGGCUGGAGGAGGCGGAGCGCUUCGCCCUGAUGGUGACUGACCGUGGGGAGGAAGUUGGCGAGUUCCUCCCCAAGGGCUACUUGGCACUGGGGCUCACCUAUAGCCUGCAGGCCAGUGAUGCCACCCUGAAGGCCAAGCAAGAUGAAUUACACCGGAAGGCGCUGCAGACACUGGAGAGAGCCCAGCAGCUGGCACCUGACGAUCCCCAGGUCAUCCUGUAUGUCUCCCUGCAGCUGGCCCUCGUCCGCCAGAUCUCCAAGGCCAUGGAGCAGCUGCAGGAGGCCCUGACGGUGUGCAGGGACAAUGCCAAUGCCCUCCACCUGCUGGCCCUGCUCUUCUCUGCCCAGAAGCACCACCAGCACGCCCUGGAUGUCAUCAACAUGGCCAUCACCGAGCACCCCGAGAAUUUCAACCUGAUGUUCACCAAGGUGAAGCUAGAGCAGAUGCUGAAAGGUCCAGAGGAGGCCCUUGUGACGUGCAGACAAAUGCUGCAGCUGUGGCAGACCCUGUACAGCUUCACACAGCUGGGGGGCAUGGAGAAGGAUGGCAGCUUUGGUGAGGGCCUCACUAUGAAGAAACAGAGUGGCAUGCACCUGACUCUCCCUGACGCCCAUGACGCAGACUCCAACUCUCAGCGGGCCUCAUCCAUCGCAGCCUCACGGCUUGAGGAGGCCAUGUCGGAGCUGACCGUGCCCGCCUCAGUGAUGAAACAGGGCCCUAUGCAGCUGUGGACCACGCUGGAGCAGAUCUGGCUACAGGCUGCUGAGCUGUUCAUGGAGCAAAAGCACCUCAAGGAAGCCAGCUUCUGCAUCCAGGAGGCUGCGGGCCUCUUCCCCACCUCUCACUCGGUGCUCUACAUGCGGGGCCGGCUGGCAGAGGCCAAGGGCAACUUGCAGGAGGCCAAGCAGCUGUAUAAGGAGGCACUAACAGUGAACCCUGACGGGGUGCGCAUCAUGUACAGUCUGGGUCUCACGCUGAGUCAACUGGGCCACAAGAGCCUGGCCCAAAAGGUGCUGCGGGACGCCGUGGAGAGGCAGAGCACCUGCCACGAGGCCUGGCAGGGCCUGGGGGAGGUGCUGCAAGCACAGGGUCAGAAUGAGGCUGCUGUGGACUGCUUCCUCACCGCCUUGGAGCUGGAGGCCAGCAGCCCCGUGCUGCCCUUCUCCAUUAUUCCCAGGGAGCUCUGAGCAGAGCCCAGCGCAGCAGCAGGAGGAGGGAAGGCAUGGCCCUGGUAUGGGGCAGCCAGGCACGCCACCACGAGGUGUGGGGAAAAUACAUCAGUCGUGAGCACU